AUGGACAAGCUGCCGCCGUCCAUGCGCAAGCGGCUGUACAGCCUCCCGCAGCAGGUGGGGGCCAAGGCGUGGAUCAUGGACGAGGAGGAGGACGCCGAGGAGGAGGGCGCCGGGGGCCGCCAGGACCCCCGCCGCAGGAGCAUCCGGCUGCGGCCGCUGCCCUCGCCCUCGCCCUCCGCGGCGCCGGCGGCGGGCGGCGCGGAGUCCCGGGGCGCGGCCCUCGGAGGGGCGGCGGACGGCGAGGGGCCGGCCCGGGGCGCGGCCAAGUCCAGCACGAACGGCGACUGCAGGCGCUUCCGCGGGAGCCUGGCCUCGCUGGGCAGCCGUGGCGGCGGCGGCGGCGGCAGCACGGGCGGCGGCAGCCACGGGCACCUGCAUGACUCCGCCGAGGAGCGGCGGCUCAUCGCCGAGGGCGACGCGUCCCCCGGCGAGGACAGGACGCCCCCGGGCCUGGCGGCCGAGCCGGAGCGCCCGGGAGCCCCGGCGCCGCCCGCAGCCUCGCCGCCGCAGGUGCCCCCGUCCUGCGGCGAGCAGCGCCCGGCCGACGCGGCUGUCAAAGUGGAGGGAGGCGCGGCCGCGGGCGACCAGAUCCUGCCGGAGGCCGAGGCGCGCCUGGGCCAGGCGGGCUUCAUGCAGCGCCAGUUCGGGGCCAUGCUCCAGCCCGGGGUCAACAAAUUCUCGCUGCGGAUGUUCGGCAGCCAGAAAGCCGUGGAGCGCGAGCAGGAGAGGGUGAAGUCGGCCGGCUUCUGGAUCAUCCACCCCUACAGCGACUUCAGGUUCUACUGGGACCUGACCAUGCUGCUGCUGAUGGUGGGGAACCUGAUCAUCAUCCCCGUGGGCAUCACCUUCUUCAAGGACGAGAACACCACGCCCUGGAUUGUGUUCAACGUGGUGUCCGACACGUUCUUCCUCAUCGACCUGGUCCUCAACUUCCGCACGGGCAUCGUGGUGGAGGACAACACGGACAUCAUCCUGGACCCACGGCGCAUCAAGAUGAAGUACCUGAAGAGCUGGUUCGUGGUGGACUUCGUGUCCUCCAUCCCUGUGGACUACAUCUUCCUCAUCGUGGAGACACGCAUCGACUCCGAGGUCUACAAGACGGCCCGCGCCCUGCGCAUCGUGCGCUUCACCAAGAUCCUCAGCCUGCUGCGCCUGCUCCGGCUCUCCCGGCUCAUCCGCUACAUCCAUCAGUGGGAGGAGAUCUUCCACAUGACCUACGACCUGGCGAGCGCCGUGGUGCGCAUCGUGAACCUCAUCGGCAUGAUGCUGCUGCUGUGCCACUGGGACGGCUGCCUGCAGUUCCUGGUGCCCAUGCUGCAGGACUUCCCCGACGACUGCUGGGUGUCCCUCAACCACAUGGUGAACAACUCCUGGGGGAAGCAGUACUCCUACGCACUCUUCAAGGCCAUGAGCCACAUGCUGUGCAUCGGCUACGGGCGGCAGGCGCCCAUGGGCAUGUCUGACGUGUGGCUCACCAUGCUUAGCAUGAUCGUGGGUGCCACCUGCUACGCCAUGUUCAUCGGCCACGCCACUGCGCUCAUCCAGUCCCUGGACUCCUCCCGGCGCCAGUACCAGGAGAAGUACAAGCAGGUGGAGCAGUACAUGUCCUUCCACAAGCUCCCGCCCGACACCCGCCAGCGCAUCCAUGACUACUAUGAGCACCGGUACCAGGGCAAGAUGUUCGACGAGGAGAGCAUCCUGGGCGAGCUGAGCGAGCCCCUGCGCGAGGAGAUCAUCAACUUCAACUGCCGCAAGCUGGUGGCCUCCAUGCCGCUGUUCGCCAACGCCGACCCCAACUUCGUGACGUCCAUGCUGACCAAGCUGCGCUUCGAGGUCUUCCAGCCCGGGGACUACAUCAUCCGCGAGGGCACCAUCGGCAAGAAGAUGUACUUCAUCCAGCACGGCGUGGUCAGCGUGCUCACCAAGGGCAACAAGGAGACCAAGCUGGCCGACGGCUCCUACUUCGGAGAGAUCUGCCUGCUGACCCGGGGCCGGCGCACGGCCAGCGUGCGGGCCGACACCUACUGCCGCCUCUACUCUCUGAGCGUGGACAACUUCAACGAGGUGCUGGAGGAGUACCCCAUGAUGCGGCGCGCCUUCGAGACCGUGGCGCUGGACCGGCUGGACCGCAUCGGCAAGAAGAACUCGAUCCUCCUGCACAAGGUGCAGCACGACCUGAGCUCGGGGGUCUCCAACUACCAGGAGAACGCCAUCGUGCAGCGCAUCGUGCAGCACGACCGGGAGAUGGCGCACUGCGCCCGCCGCGCCCAGGCCACCACGCCCGUGGCGCCGGCCAUCUGGACCCCGCUGAUCCAGGCGCCACUGCAGGCAGCUGCCGCCACCACGUCGGUGGCCAUCGCGCUCACCCACCACCCUCGCCUGCCCGCGGCCAUCUUCCGCCCGCCGCCCGGGCCCACCCUCGGCUCGCUGGGCGCCGGGCAGACGCCGAGGCACCUGCGGCGCCUGCAGUCGCUGGCGCCGUCGGCGCCCAGCCCGGCCUCUCCGGCCAGCAGCCCGUCGCAGCCGGACACGCCGUCCUCCGCCUCCCUGCACGUCCAGCCGCUGCCCGGCUGCUCCACGCCCGCCGGGCUCGGCUCCCUCCUGCCCACGGCCGGCUCGCCCCCGGCCCCCACGCCCCCCACCACCGCUGGCGCCGCCGGCUUCAGCCACUUCCACCGGGCGCUGGGCGGCUCCCUGUCCUCGUCCGACUCGCCCCUGCUCACCCCGAUGCAGCCCGCUGCCCGCUCCCCGCAGCAGCCGCCCCCGCCGCCCGGGGCCCCGGCGGGCCUGGGCCUGCUGGAGCACUUCUUGCCGCCUCCGGCCCGCUCCCCGACGUCCAGCCCCGGGCAGCUGGGCCAGCCCCCCGGGGAGCUGCCCCCGGGCCUGGGCUCCGGGCCUCCGGGCACGCCAGAGACGCCCCCGCGGCAGCCUGAGCGGCUGCCCUUCGCGGCGGGGGCCUCGGCGGCGGCUUCCCCGGUGGCCUUCAGCCCCCGAGGCGGCCCCAGCCCCCCCGGCCACAGCCCGGGCCCCCCCAGAACUUUCCCCAGCGCGCCGCCCCGGGCCUCGGGCUCGCACGGGUCCCUGCUGCUGCCCCCCGCGUCCAGCCCGCCGCCGCCGCCGCCGCCCGCCCCGCAGCGCCGCGCCACGCCGCCGCUGGCCCCCGGCCGCCUCUCGCAGGACCUCAAGCUCAUCUCGGCCUCGCAGCCGGCGCUGCCCCAGGACGGGGCGCAGACUCUCCGCAGAGCCUCCCCGCACUCGUCCUCGGGGGAGUCGGUGGCCGCCCUGCCGCCCUUCCCCAGGGCCCCCGCGAGGCCCCCCGGCGCCGGCCCCGGCCAGCACGUCACCCUCACUCUGCCUCGGAAGGCAUCCUCAGGUUCUCUGCCGCCCCCUCUUUCUUUGUUCGGGCCCCGAGCCGCCUCUGCUGGGGGGCCCCCGCUGACUGCUGCGCCCCAGAGGGAACCAGGGGCCGGGGCUGAGCCAGUGCGCUCCAAACUGCCGUCCAACCUCUGAGCCAGGCCUCCCUCGCUGUCCUGUCUUCUUGUUUCUCCCUGCCUUCAGGUUUGACUGUGAUUAGGAGAUACACCAAUACCAAUAACCGUUACCAUUGACACACACACACACCCCAGAAAACCCAAGUCAGCAGAAAUAACCAGGUAUACCUAGAGCUAUAGAUUUUUGGUCACUCGCUUUUAUAGACUAUUUUAAUACUCGGCACUAGGGGCAGGGGAGCAGGCAGGGCCCAAACACAAGAGGCAGAGGAAGGCA